AUGAAAAAGCGUACCGAACCAGUCAAGCAUGGUCCCAUUGUUCUCCCUUCGGAACUUGUGAGAGAAAUCUUGUCGUGGCUUCCGGUGAAGACUCUCAUGCAAUUCAAGUCCGUUUCCAAGUCUUGGAAAUCACUCAUCACUACAGACAAAGAGUUCUCAAAACUGCAUCUGGGAAGAUCACCAAAAACCAAGCACAUACUCCUCACCUUAAAAGAAGAAGAAGAAGACACUAGAAACGGCGUCAUCGCACCGUGCUCCGUGCGUCUUUUGCCCGAGGAGCCAUUGUCCAUGAUCGAUGAAGACCGAUGUUACAAUUUGUUGGCCAAGUACUUCGUCGUUGGAUCAUGUAACAGCUUGGUCUGUUUGGGUCCGGGAAACUUUUAUGAUUUUGGCCCUAUGGACAAGUUUUGGGUCCGAAUUUGGAACCCGGCCACACAAUUGAGGUCAAAGAAAUCACCAGCCAUUAGUAUCGGCUACGGCAGGAGGUUUGGGUUUGGCUAUGAUGAUUCACGUGACACUUACAAGAUGAGUUAA